AUGCCUGAUCCGAGAACCAAUCAAUUUAAAGCUAAUGUCAACCCAGAGACUAUUUAUGAUAUUCUUGAACGGAUAGGCAGAGGUUCUUUUGGCGAAGUUUAUAAGGGUGUCGACAGAAAAACGAGGGAAGUUGUAGCCAUCAAGCUGAUUGAUCUAGAGGCCGCUGAGGACGAAAUUGAAGAUAUUCAGCAGGAGAUCAAGGUUUUAUCCCAAUGCAACAGUCCUUAUAUCACGAAGUACCAUGGUUCCUAUUUAAAGGAUACUACACUGUGGAUCGUUAUGGAGUAUCUUGGUGGUGGAUCAGCAUUGGACUUGAUGAAACCUGGCCCCAUACCAGAAGUUCACAUAUCUACAAUUCUCAGAGAAAUUUUAAAAGGGCUGGAUUACUUACACAGUCAGAGUAAAAUCCAUCGAGACAUAAAAGCUGCAAAUGUCCUGCUCUCCUAUAGUGGUGACGUAAAGCUAGCCGACUUUGGUGUUGCUGGCCAAUUGAGUUCUACCAUUACUAAGCGUGGUACUUUUGUGGGAACACCAUUUUGGAUGGCACCAGAGUUAAUUUUAAGAUAUGCCUAUGAUUUCAAAGUUGACAUUUGGUCUACUGGAAUCACAGCUAUUGAACUAGCUAAAGGUGAACCACCUAACGCAGAUUUACAUCCAAUACGCGUUCUUAUGCUCAUUCCAAAGAACCCUUCACCUCAGCUCACUGGAGAUUUCAGCAAAGUAUUCAAGGAUUUUGUGGAUUGUUGUUUGACUAAAGUCCCAGAAAAUAGACCAACAGCACACGAACUAUUACGUCAUAGCUUCAUCAAAAAAGCACGUAAAACAGCGUUUUUACAAGAGCUAAUUGAGCGUUAUCGAAAGUGGCGUGAUGAAGGAGGAGACGAUGAUGCUGACGGUGAAUCUGAUGAUGAUGGGCUUGUUCCAGAUGAAGAAGAUCUUAUGAAUGCCCAACCCGGUACUCCAGGAGUUGCUGCAGUUUGUGACAAGUCUGGCGCAAAGAAAAAAACUUCGGACGGUGCAAAAUCAGGCAAAGCAUCUGACACUUUCAAAUGGAAUUUCGAAACAGUGCGUGCUAUGCCUUCACAGUCUUCAUCAUCCUUUCAUAGUUCUUCAGCUUAUUCCUCCCCUGAUAUCUCCUCAACACAUACCAACACACAUAUUCAUCAUUCUCCUUCAUCUUCACAGCCGAAUUCAGAUGUUCAUGGUGGGAUAAAACGAACACCUGAAAGUAGUACACCGGAAAUGUCAGAUCGUCAUAUGUGUGAUGGAAAUGAAGCACGUACUUCAAAUCCUUUAGCGACGGGACCUCAUUAUUCAGGUGUCCAGUCAUCGUCACAACUUGCUUCCUGUAUAGUUGAUGAAAAUUCUCGUGCCCAGAUUUCACGCCCUAUAGGGAAUUCUCCGAAUCAAGUAACUGGCCCUACUAGCAUACCCAUUGUUCGAACACAACUUGUUCCACCUGUAACUAGAAUUAUGGCCAAUGAGACUUCAUCUCAGUCACCAGGAUCUCGACAAAUGUAUGUUGGAGAUUCUGGUCAGACAAAAGUUUCCAAUUCGAAAAACAUUUCAACAUCAGCUAAUAGCAAACCUCAACAGGGUCAAACACCCACAUCGGUUGUGACCUUAAAUAAACCUUCUUUUUGCUUUCAACAACAUGUCUUACCACUGUUACAAGAUCUCCAAGAUGUAUACAGUCAAGUAACUAGUGGUGCUUCAGAUUCUAUUUCCAAUUUAGCUGCCACUUUUCAAACAGUUGAUGCCUCAUCACCUCAGUAUACAACUGAAUUUUUAGCAGAGUUGUUAACCCGCGUUUUGGAUAGCAAUCCACGUUUACCAGCGAAUAUUAGACGUCGCGUAUUAGAUCGUUUGAGGAUGAAUUCAUCGGAAUCAUAA